AUGCCCUCAGAGAGUGAAAGAUUGAUACCAGGGAUUCGUAAGGAUAUCGUGCUAGACCCCUCGAGCGAGAUCCCUGGGUUUAUAGCCUCAGAAUUGGAACAGAGAGAGCUGUUACAAGACAACACCUACACGGAUUUGGAAUGCACCAAUAGUGUAGCAGAUGGUGAGCCCGUGUCGUGGACCCGAACCAACGUUGUUGUCGGCUCGAUGUCGCUGAGUAUAUUUCUUGCCGCUGUGGACUCGACCAUUAUAACCACGUUGAUUGGUGAUAUGAGUGCAGAGUUUGACUCUCUGGAUAAGCUCUCAUGGAUAGCGUCGUCGUAUCUGUUGUCGAGUGCAACUUUCCAGCCCCUGUAUGGCAAGAUCAGCGAUAUAUUUGGAAGACGAGCACUGCUGCUGUUGGCCAACGUGCUGUUCCUCGUUGGAUGCUUGGUGUGUGCAUUGGCGCCGAAUGUGCUGGCUCUGAUACUGGGCAGGUUUAUAAGUGGCGUAGGCGGUGGUGGACUGACAACAAUGACAAGCAUCACCACCAGCGAUCUGAUCCCAUUGAAGUCCAGGGGCAUCUACCAGGGAAUAAACAACCUGGCAUUCGCUUCUGGUUCAGGGGUCGGGUCGCUAGUUGGGGGCUAUUUUGUCUCAAAUCGUAUCCUAGGAGGCUGGAGAGGUGCUUUCCUAAUGCAAGUACCCAUCACUGUGCUGAGUACAGUUUCCAUCCAUAUGUUGCUGAAACUUCCCAAGGGUUCUCCUGGAUUGGGAGUUCAUGGUGUUGAUGUCAUGAACAAAUUGAGGCUGAUAGAUUGGUACGGUUCAUUCACACUGGUCAUCACACUGCUCUCCUUCUUGACGCUGACUUCAUUGGAAACUGAUAAGAUCCUCACUGUUAAAGGCACAUCACUUCUGUUGGUAUUCAUCACUUUCCUCGUCAUUUUCAUCAUAGCUGAGAAGAGGGCCAAGUUCCCCAUCUUACCACUGGAGUUCUUGAGGAUCCGUACCGUCUUGGGUGCCUCUCUGUCAAACUUCUUCUUUUGCAUGUCAUCUUUCAACUCAUAUUUCAUCAUCACCAUCUACUACACGGCCGUGAUGAACCUAACGCCACAACAGGUUGGCUACAGGUUCGCACCUAACUUCUUCUCCAUUGUGCUUGGAUCUCUCGGAGCAGGCUACUACAUGAGGUCCACCGGCAAGUACUACAAGCUACUGCUACUUUCAGGUCUUCUAGCGGUAUUUGGUACAUGGAGAAUCGUCACUAUUACCCCGGACUACCCUGUUUGGGCCCAAUUCUUCCUACUGAUCACACCAGGGUUUGGGAUAUCCGUCAUCAUCACUGCUACGCUGCUGGCUUUGAUAGCUGCUGUGCCUCAUGAGCACCAAGCAGCAACAACGUCGAUCUCCUAUCUGUUCAGAUCAUGUGGCUCCACCCUUGGUGUAUCGUUUGGCUCCGCCAUCUUCCAACACAGGCUGUACUCCUCGCUGCACCAUAACGUUAUGCAAUUCCUGGGACACGGCCAUGACGAACAAGAGCUGCUAGCGAUCAUCGCCAAAGCUUCACACAGCUCUGAGUACGUCCAUGGUGAUGCGCCUAGCUUCAUCACAGAUGCGCUGGUGCAGUCCUACGACACCAGUUGUAAACUGUCGUUCCAAUUCUGUCUGCUAUCGUGUGUCGCUGGGCUGCUGAGCAUGCUGCUGAUCAAGGAGUAUGUGCUGCAUGGCACAUUGGACAGGAAAUGA